CGUCAGAGACCGUUGCCAACUCUCUGAAUUCUUCAGACGUGGUAUAGACACUACUUCUUCUCUCGAGUGCUCGCUCGCCCUCCCCACGCGACUAUUACUUUGCAGCUUGUGCCCGCCCGCAACCCCGCCGUGAAUCAGAGCUCCCGUCCGGUGCACUUUACCUCGAGCUGGCCGUGAUAUAACGAUCGCAGCUACUCUCCCACGGCGAUCACAGCCUUAGGCUGACUACCAAGGUGCUACACCGAGCCGACUUCCACCCUGCUGCCUACUUUUCCGGCCGAAUCCACCGUACUUUAUCGCUCACUCCCAUUGCUCAAAGCCCACUGCAACAAUAUACCUGCCUCGUCCAACACACGCCAUGUCGUCCAAUCGAGCGCGGCGCAUUGCAAAGGAGCUCGCAGAGAUCCAGAACGAUAAGCUCUCACAAAUCACUGCUGAGCCCGCAGGUGCCGGCGAUGACCUCACACAUCUUCGUGGCUCAUUCCCUGGGCCACCGGACACACCGUACGAGGGCGGCACAUACCAUGUAGACAUCAAGAUUGCCAGCGACUAUCCGUUCCGGCCACCGAACAUGCGCUUCGAGACCAAGAUCUGGCAUCCCAACGUCAGCUCGGUAACGGGCGCCAUUUGCCUCGACACUCUCAGCACACAGUGGUCGCCGGUCCUUACCAUUAAGUCCGCCCUCAUCUCCCUCCAGUCCCUCCUCAGCACACCAGAACCCAAGGACCCGCAAGAUCAUGAGGUAGCCAGCAUGCUCAUACGUAACCCUUCCGAGUUCGAACACGUCGCCCGCGAGUGGGCCGUCAAGUACGCUGGCGCUCCGAAGAGGGAGGUCGCCGAGGGUAGCGGCGGUGCCACGGCAGAGUCUCUUCGGAAGAAGUCGCAGGACGCCAAGGCAAAUGAAGCCAAAGUCGCGCUUGCUGCGUACCACGGCUAUAACAAAGAUCUUGUAGACCGCUUCGUCGCCAUGGGUUUCGACGUUGAGGCCGUCGUCUCCGCGUUCGAAUACGUCGGUAUCGACCGUAACGGUGGCGAGGACUACGAGCUCGAAGAGGCGUACAUGGGCGAUAUCACUGCGCGCCUGUUCGGAGAAGCGUAAGGCAUCGAUGAUGCCAAAAGCCAGCCAGUCACCAGUAUCAACGAGCCUGCUCUGUCAGUGGCAGGUUAUCCAUUCAUAAGCGAAGUGUGUUUCUGCUCAAAGGUUUGUUGCAGCGAUUAUCCCCCAAUUUCCUAUCGUCAGGCCUGGCCGAAUACAGGCUUUUUAGGCAUUCUCAUAAGAUGUCUUACUACAUUUACGGCGUUAGGCUGGGGAAUCGUGUCACGCUCACAGGUCUAGAAGAAGACCUGUCAGCUACUUUAUGAUAUCACAUACAGGACAAUCAAUCAAUAUUACAAAGAAAC